CCUUGGGCGGCGCGGGGCGGCGCGGGACGGUGCGGGGCGGGCGGCAGAUCACGGCGGCCCGUGGGCGGGCGGCGGCAGCUCAGGGCUCGGAGCUCGGCGCUCGCUCGCUCGCUCGUUCGCUCACGGGCGGGCGGGCGGCGCGAUGUCGGGCGAGGAUGGCCCGGGGGCGGGCCCCGGGGCGGCGGCGGCAGCGGCCCGCGAGCGGCGGCGGGAGCAGCUGCGGCAGUGGGGGGCGCGGGCGGGCGCCGAGCCGGGCCCCGGGGAGCGGCGCGCCCGCACCGUGCGCUUCGAGCGCGCCGCCGAGUUCCUGGCGGCCUGCGCGGGCGGCGAUCUGGACGAGGCGCGCCUGAUGCUGCGCGAGGCCGACCCCGGCCCGGGCGCCGAGCUCGACCCUGCUGCCCCGCCGCCCGCCCGCGCAGUGCUGGACUCCACCAACGCCGACGGCAUCAGCGCCCUGCACCAGGCCUGCAUCGACGAGAACCUGGAGGUGGUGCGCUUCCUGGUGGAGCAGGGUGCCACGGUGAACCAGGCAGACAACGAGGGCUGGACACCCCUGCACGUGGCCGCCUCCUGCGGUUACCUGGACAUCGCCAGGUACCUGCUGAGCCACGGGGCCAACAUCGCGGCAGUGAACAGUGAUGGGGACCUGCCCCUGGACCUGGCCGAGUGUGACGCCGUGGAGGGGCUGCUGAAGGUGGAGAUUGCCCGCCGAGGUGGGCCUCGGGGGCUGCUGCGGGGCGGGCCCUCCGUUCCCGAGGACCCUGACUCUCUGGGCCUCCGUGUCCCUACAUGGGAAGCGGGGUGUGUGGAUGUGGAAGCAGCCAAACGGGCCGAGGAGGAGUUGCUGCUUCACGACACAAGGUGCUGGCUGAACGGGGGCGCCAUGCCAGAGGCCCGGCACCCCCGCACGGGGGCCUCUGCCCUGCACGUGGCUGCCGCCAAGGGCUACAUCGAAGUGAUGAGGCUGCUCCUUCAGGCCGGCUACGACCCGGAGCUGCGGGACGGGGACGGCUGGACACCCCUGCACGCCGCAGCCCACUGGGGCGUGGAGGACGCCUGCCGCCUGCUGGCGGAGCACGGUGGGGGCAUGGACUCGCUGACGCACGCGGGGCAGCGUCCCUGUGACCUGGCGGAUGAGGAGGUGCUGAGCCUGCUGGAGGAGCUGGCCCGGAAGCAGGAGGACCUUCGGAACCAGAAGGAAGCCUCCCAGAGCAGGGGCCAGGAGCCCCAGGGGCCCUCCAGCAGCAAACACCGAAGGAGCUCUGUAUGUCGUCUGAGCAGCCGUGAGAAGAUCUCCCUCCAGGACCUGUCCAAGGAGCGCCGGCCUGGAGGGGCAGGGGGGCCCCCAAUCCGGGACGAGGAUGAGGGAGAAGAAGGCCCCUCAGAGCCACCCCCUGCAGAAUCCAGAACCCUCAACGGGGUCUCCUCCCCGCCACCCUCUAGCCCUAGGAGCCCCAUGACCCCCGACGAGGCCCCCUUCUCCACGCGCUUUGGCCUCCAGAAGACGGGGAGCUCUGGGGCCCUAGGUCCUGCGGAGAGGCGGGGCGCCGAGGGUGCCCCCGGGGCUGGGCUGCAGCGCUCCGCCUCCUCCUCGCGGCUGGAAGGGACCUCCACUCAGGCCAGGGAGCCCCGUCUUGCCAGAAUUACCCCCACCCCCUCCCGGAAGGUGCCGGAGUCCUCUGCCCCGUCUGAGAUCUCCAGGCCUCCUCCUCCCUUGGAUAACUCCACUCCUCCCUCCAGGAUUCCGGAGCCUGAAUCCCCAGUGAAGCCAAAUGUCCCCGUAGCCUCUGCAGCGCCCCCAGCGGACUCCCGGGACCGCCGGAGGUCCUACCAGAUGCCUGUGCGGGACGAGGAGUCUGAAUCUCAGCGGAAAGCUCGCUCUCGCCUCAUGCGCCAGUCCCGGAGGUCCACACAGGGUGUGACUCUGACAGAUCUUAAAGAAGCAGAGAAGGCUGCAGGAAAGGCCCCAGAGCCUGAGAAGUCGUGCCUGCAAAGCCUGGACCCUUCCCGGCGACCCCGAGUCCCUGGGGUCGAGAACUCUGAUGGCCCUGCCCAGAGAGCAGAGGCGCCCGACGGCCGAGGGCAAGGACCACAGGCCCCCGAGGAGCAUCGCAGAGUCAGCAAGGAGCGGCGGGGACCUGCGGAGGGGGAGGAGGCGGAGCCGGCGCCUCCAGACCGCAGCCCAGGAUCCAGCACUCCCCAGGGCGGCCCCUCUUCCCGCAGGCAGCGGGACCUCAACCCAGAACCAGAGCCAGAAUCGGAAGAGCCUGAUGGAGGCUUCAGGAAGCUGUAUGCAGAGCUGCGCAGUGAGAACGAACGACUUCGCGAGGCCCUGACCGAGACCACACUGCAGCUGGCGCAGCUCAAGGUGGAGCUGGAGCGUGCCACGCAGAGGCAGGAGCGAUUUGCAGAGAGGCCCGCCCUUCUGGAGCUGGAGAGAUUCGAGCGCAGGGCCCUGGAGCGGAAGGCAGCAGAGCUGGAGGAGGAGCUGAAGGCCCUGUCCGACCUCCGGGCUGACAACCAGCGACUCAAGGACGAGAACGCAGCCCUGAUUCGCGUCAUCAGCAAACUCUCCAAGUGACUCUGGAAGAGGCCCUUCCCCCGCACCCAUAUUUAUACAGCUGCUUCUGCCACAUGCACCCCUUCCUUUGCGUGAACACGAGUGACAGGGCUCCCGGGGAGUCUCUGAGAAGCCAUAACCUCCCCUCGGGACCUCCAGACUGGGAGGGGAGUACAGAGUCCCCAGGAGCCAAGGGGGGCCAUCCGAGGCCAGGAUGGAGGCGGAGGCCGAGCCAGGUAGGGGGACGUCGCUGAGGGGGGACGGGCUGGAGGCGGGACCAGGAAGGAACCGAGGACCAAGGAGCGCCAGGACCAGAGUGGCCGCCCAGAGGUCCCCCCUCACGUGUGAUGCCACCCUCAUCACCCCUCCCACUCCUGAACAGGGAUCCGAGAAUGUGCCAAUAGUCCCUCCGGCCUCGGCCAGGUGGGCCUGUAUAUAGGGUCCGUGUGCAAUAGGGAGGGAUGUCUUCUAUUUUUUGCUGCCCCCUCGCGGCCCACUCUCCGGGGCAGGGGGAGAAGGUAUUUUCGAGAUAAAGCACAGGCACCACAAAUAAAAGCCGUGAAGUUGCCA